CUCGAAUGUCAUUUUAGUUCUGUAUAUUGCUACAGUACAAGGGGUAUAAGGGGCAUUGUGUCUACGUAUCCAAGAUGGCGAGCACGGUGAACGAGAUUACGGCACAGGCAAAUGAAAAUGUAACGGAAUUCCAAAAUGCAACUACAACGAGAGUACCGUCGACGCCCGAAGGAAUGGCGAUCGCGUAUGGCAGCCUUAUUAUCAUGGCUAUUCUGCCAAUUUUUUUCGGUAGCUAUCGUGCCGUCAAACACCAUAAGGAACAGCAGAAAUUGUAUAAAACGAGUGGCGAACAGCCCGACACUAUGUCUCGCAGAGAAGCUGCCAUGUUUCCUCUUAUUUCCAGCGUUACGUUAGUUGGCUUGUAUAUAUUGUAUAAGGUAUUCGCAAAGGAGUAUGUUAAUCUGAUAUUAGCUGGUUAUUUCUUUUUUCUUGGUAUUCUAGCCUUGUGUCAUCUUACGAGCCCAUUGAUUUCAUCAUUGGUGCCCGCUGCAAUCCCAAAGACGCAGUAUCACAUUUUAUUUACAAAAGGAAAGGAUGACAAAGAGGAGCACAUAAUUAAUUACAAAUUUAAUCUUCACGACAUUGUGUGCCUCGUGUGUUGCUCGCUCGUGGGUGCCUGGUAUCUUCUGAAAAAACAUUGGAUAGCUAAUAAUCUCUUUGGCAUAGCCUUUGCCAUUAAUGGGGUCGAACUGUUACAUCUGAAUAAUGUCGUAACUGGAUGCAUUUUACUAUGUGGUCUUCUGUUUUACGAUGCCUUUUGGGUGUUUGGUACAGAUGUAAUGGUGACAGUCGCAAAGUCCUUUGAGGUGCCCAUUAAACUUGUGUUUCCACAGGACCUUUUAGAAAAGGGCUUGAACGCUGGUAAUUUUGCCAUGUUAGGAUUGGGUGACAUAGUAUUGCCUGGUAUUUUUAUCGCGUUGCUCUUGCGAUUCGACAACAGCUUGAGUAGGAAGACCAACAUCUACUUCUAUUCGACAUUUUUCGCGUACUUUAUGGGAUUACUCGCCACCAUGAUGAUCAUGCACUUAUUUAAUCACGCACAACCUGCUUUGCUAUAUUUGGUACCUGCGUGCAUAGGCACGCCAUUGCUUUUGGCGUUGGUCAAGGGGGACCUCAAAGCGUUGUUUUCGUACGAGGAUCAUCCGUCACCGCCUGCGAAUACGGCGCAACAUUCUGAACAGACGCAGGUAGAAGCAAAAAAGGAUAAAUAAUAUCCCAAUGCAUAGAACAUGCUAUGCAAGUGGUGACAUUAUCCUGUAAUUAUCUUUUGAAUUCAUCAUGUGUAUGGAAAAAGGAAAAGAAAAGGAGUAAUAAUUCAUGGUUCAUGCUCAAGACGUACAAUCACGAAUUGUAAAAUACAAUAGCUUAACUAUAACUAUCUUGCGUGCACAUGAAUUCGUAUGAUACGAUUCACAAUGAUUAGCGUUCGCGGAUAUCGUUUCGAUCUGAAGAAACCAACCUAAGAUUUGGGACUGUGAUAACCAAGAAUGCCGUUUCAUUUGCAUGCAAGAGCUUUAUCACUCAUGUAUGGUAUUAAUGAUGGACAUUUUGAAAUACUGGAUAAGAAGAAAGCACUGCAUGAUGAAGUUUUAUUGUAUCAUUGCUUUGUAUAGAGAGAGAGAGAGAGAAUGAAAAUACUUCCAAUUGUUGAUUUAUAUUUCGUACAUGUGUACGACAGACUGCUAUAGGAGUCUCCCUGAGUUUUGCAAUAUAUUAUUGUACGUUAAGUAAUUCUAAAGAUUAAUUUGGUACAAGUUUCAUAUAAGUUUUUACUAACAUUCCCCCAAUUUCUAAUAACUUUUUACCAUGUGUGAGUGAUAAUCAUGAAUUAUAAGUGUAAAAAUAAUGAUUUUGUCUCCUUGUGUUAUUAAUAUAAAAUUGAAGAGAACGAGAUAUGAAACGUACACCAUGUAGUAUACAUAUACUAAUGUAUAUUUAUUUGUGGAAAAAUGGAUAUUUAUGAUUAAAAUGAAUACAAAUGUCUGUCCGGAAAUAUUAUGUAUAUACGAAUUGAAGAUCUUGUUGAAAUUGAAAUGCACAAUCUUGUCAAUUUUUCGCGAAAAGAUUUGGAAAAAGACAUUGUAGUUCUGAUAUAAAUAUACUGGAGAUACAAAAUA